AUGAUUAUUCGCACGGCUAUUCUGGCUACGCUCGGCCUCGCGAUGGGGGUGCAGGCGCACCCACGCGGUGUCACCAACACCCCCAUUGACGCCUGUUCGGCCCUUCCAAGAUGGAAUAACGAGACCAAUAUUGCGGGCCCGUGGUCAUUCCAGAUCGUAGGAUGUCACAACGGUACAGACUCCGAGGGCGUAUGCGGCAUCGAGGGCUACGGGGCCACUUGCAACGCGAAGCGGUUGCCCGACAAGAACGGAAUCGAGACGGGAAUUAUUACCAUUGCUGACAGCCCGCACCGUGGCCAGACCAUGUUUCGCUGCAACGGCGCCCUGCACACCUUCGAAGCGUUCGUUCCCUCUGGCGCCGGUGCAUUAGACUGGCACGCCAUCUGCAUUCGACAAGAUCCCAGCACGGGCGAGAUGGAGUGGGGACUGGGCGCAAAGAAUUCGGAGUCGAUCCAGGCAUACCGUCAAUACGAACACGGCAACCCAACCUCGGGCUUUCUUGUUGGGUCUUCUCGAGGUGCGAUCACCUGGGCUGUCCGCCAUUCUGGCUCGGGGUUGAGUGGCGUGGACCACCACCCAUUCUGGUUCGUGCACCUCGUUGGACCAGCCAGGACACGAUGGACCGACGAAUUCGAGACCCAGAUUCGCAUUGAUAGCAGGUGA